UUAGUUCCACUAUUUAUUUCGGUCUAAGCUGGAGAUUUGUGAUUAUUAUUAAGAAUAAUAAUUUAUGAGUAAUUACACGAGAUAUUUUGACGAGAAAUGAUCAGAGUGGAAGAACAAGAACUGUAAUCGUAGCUUGAAUCGAAUUUUGGGACAAGAAAGACGAUGUCUUCGCCGGACAUUAAUGGAAUAUUGGACAACUCGAAGGAGCUUGAUCGGUUAAGGAAGGAGCAGGAGGAGGUUCUCACCGAGAUCAAUAAGAUGCAUAAAAAGCUUCAACAAACUCCUGAGAUGGUUGAGAAGCCAGGAGAUACUUCCUUAACAAAACUGAAGAAUCUAUAUUCCCAUGCUAAAGAUCUUUCUGAAUUAGAAGUAAGUGUUUCCAACAUAUUGGUAAGUCAACUUGAUGCCCUGCUACCUUCUGGAACUCAAGGGCAGCAGCGUCGAAGAGUUGAAGGCAGUGAACAGAAGAGGAAGAGAAUGAAAACUGAUUCCGAGAUUUCAAGACUCUCUCCAUCCAUGCGAACCCACAUAGAAGCUUAUACUACUAUAAAAGGGGAGCAGGUAGCAGCUAAGGUCAAUGCAGGAGAUGGUGAUAAGGAUGAGUGGUUUGUUGUAAAAGUGAUGCACUUUGAUAAAGAAACAAAAGAAUUUGAAGUGCUAGAUGAGGAGCCCGGUGAUGAUGAAGAGGGUACUGGUCAAAGAAGGUACAAGGUGCCGCUGUCGGCUAUCAUUCCUUUCCCCAAGAAAAACGAUCCUUUGAGUGCACCGGAUUUCCCUCACGGAAGACAUGUUUUGGCGGUCUAUCCAGGAACAACUGCACUCUACAAGGCUACCGUGGUAAAUGGCCCUCGCAAGAGAAAGACUGAUGAUUACCUGCUCGAAUUUGAUGAUGACGAAGAAGAAGAUGGAUCCUUGCCUAAGAGGGAAGUGCCCUUCCAUAAGGUGGUGGCAUUGCCUGAAGGACAUCGACAGUGAUUACUGCUGUUAAUAAUGAAAAUGGCUUAUGAUUUUGUAUAGGUUAAGCCUUAUUGAUAACUAUUUGCGUGGAUAGUAGCAUUAUGGGGCAAGCCCUUUGUAUGGUCUUUAGCUGUUUUACUUUCAUAUUUAAUUUGAGCAAUAAUACUCCAAGGCUAAGGCUGAUAAUUUAUUUAGUGAGGUAUAAAACUACGCAAUUUUUU